AUGUCUCUCCAAAACGUGUGGCACCUCCGCCGUGUCGCUGAUACAGCCUCGAAAGCAUGCACCGUUUGCUACAAGCCAUCAACGAGCGUUUUGAUUACACCUGAUAACAAAUUGCGUCAUUAUCAAUCUACAAACAACACAAAGGACUUCUUUUAUGUAUGUCCGAUUCACCUUAAGGACCGCGGGUUCUGUUCUCCCAUUGUGGACGAAGAGCAAGAUGCCAAAAUGAAAAGAGAUGAGGAAUUGGCGCGGGAAAUUGAGAAUGUGAAGCGCGAGUAUGAGGAGAAGCAGAAGAAGAGGAAAGAGAAGGAGAAGGAGAAGGGAAAAGAAGAGGAGGAUAAAGAAAAAGGAAAGCCCGAAGACAGUGAUAAAAAUGCGGAAAAGGAAAAGACUCAAAAGAUCAAUGAACUUCGCAAAGCAGCAGAGUCAAAACAAGAUGAUGGCUCUCCGCGGAUAUUUGCUUUGCACAAGAAUUUCUAUCAAAUGCGCAUCAAUCGCAUACGAAAUAAUGAAUUAGCGAAGAGAAAUGCCGAACGCCUAAGAGAUCCAACGUCAUUACCAUCUGUUCCAAAGGGGGAUUUAUAA